CCCUCCCCCCAACCCCGGGAACCCGGAAACCAGCUCCCACUCGGUGGCUCCUGCGCGGCUAGCGGGUCCUCAGUGGAUCCAGGCUCGGCGCCGCGAUGUUCGACGGGACGUCGACGGAGAGCGACCUCGGGGUUAAGGGGUGGGGCUGGCGCCGGGAGCCAAGAUGGCGGCGGUGGUCGGACUCUCCUUGAGGCGCCGGUUGCCGGCCACGGCACUUGGCGGAGCCUGCCUACAGGCCUGCCGAGGGAACCAGACAGCUGCAGCCACAGCUCCCCGAAUCAAGAAGUUUGCCAUCUACCGAUGGGACCCAGACAAGGCAGGAGAUAAACCUCGUAUGCAGACUUAUGAAGUUGAUUUGAAUAAAUGUGGCCCCAUGGUGCUGGAUGCUUUAAUCAAGAUUAAGAAUGAAGUUGAUUCCACCCUGACCUUCCGAAGAUCAUGUAGAGAAGGUAUCUGUGGCUCUUGUGCAAUGAACAUCAACGGAGGCAACACCCUGGCCUGCACCCGAAGGAUUGACACCAACCUCAACAAAGUCUCAAAAAUCUACCCUCUGCCACAUAUGUAUGUGAUAAAGGAUCUUGUGCCUGAUUUGAGCAACUUCUAUGCCCAGUACAAGUCCAUCGAGCCUUACCUGAAGAAGAAGGAUGAGUCCCAGCAAGGCAAGCAGCAGUAUCUGCAGUCCAUAGAAGACCGUGAGAAACUGGACGGGCUCUACGAGUGCAUCCUCUGCGCCUGCUGUAGCACCAGCUGCCCCAGCUACUGGUGGAACGGGGACAAGUACCUGGGACCUGCGGUUCUGAUGCAGGCCUAUCGCUGGAUGAUCGACUCCAGGGAUGACUUCACCGAGGAGCGACUGGCCAAGCUGCAGGACCCGUUCUCUCUGUACCGCUGCCACACCAUCAUGAACUGCACAAGGACCUGUCCCAAGGGUCUGAAUCCAGGGAAAGCUAUUGCUGAGAUCAAGAAAAUGAUGGCCACCUAUAAGGAGAAGAGAGCUUCUGCAUAACCGAUCCAUGCUACACGUGACUUGUGACCAGUUCAGAGCUGAAAAUAAUUUCUGUCUAAUUUGAGCUCCUUCUAAGGUCAUGAUUUUCCAUGAAUACAGCAUGUAAAAUAAGAAUGUUAAGAAAUAAAUAAACGCUACUCUACUUUAUUAACAAAAA